ACUAAAAAUAGAAAUGACUGGCCAUGUGCUUCGGACUUAUUAAUUAUCGGUUGUGACGUGGACUGAUAGCUGUAGCUUUUUGUUUUUAAUCCGUCGAAUUAUAUUUUUAAAGACAGUCAUGACGUACACGAACAGUCAAGCAAUGAAGACAUUAUUAAGGUUUGGUUUGGUAGCUGAUCUCCAGUAUGCCAACAUUGAGGAUGCAUACAAUUGGAAUAAAACCAAGAAACGUUAUUAUAGAUCAGCAAUUGGUCUUCUGGGGAAGGCCAUGGAAGACUGGAAACAAAAUGACGCCAAAUUCAUUCUUCAGCUUGGUGAUUUAGUCGAUGGAUUCUGUAAACGGACAGAAGAACCAAUCGAUUGUCUAAAUCGUAUUUUAGACAUAUUCGACAAGGAACAAUGGCCGACUUUAAAUGUUGUUGGUAACCAUGAGCUAUACAAUUUUGAAAAAGACAGCUUAUACAAAUCAAGGUUGUUCAAAAAUCUGCCAUCUUCUAACAAAGCAUAUUAUACAUUAUCGCCAUAUCAAGGACUUAAAGUCUGUGUCUUAAACACUUAUGAAAUAUCAGUUCUCGGUGAAUUAGAGGGUACAGCAUCUUAUGAUAAAGCUCGAUCCUUUUUGGCGGAAAGAAACCCAAACAAAGAUACAAAUGACCCAUCUGGUCUGGAAUCAGUUGAUAGACGAUUUGUACGCUUUAAUGGGGCAGUUUCAAAAGAACAGUUGGAAUGGUUGUCAAAAGAGCUGACAUUGGCCACAAAAGAAAAAGAAAAUGUUAUUGUCGUUGGCCACAAUCCAAUUUAUUUACCUGCCACAGAUAGUGCCUGUUUGUGUUGGAACUAUAGUGAAAUAUUAAACAUUCUGUCAGAAAACUGUGUGGUCUGUUAUAUCAGCGGUCAUGAUCACGAUGGCGGUUAUUCAGUCGAUCAGAAUGGGAUACACCAUAUAACAAUGCCGGGAGCUAUAGAACAUCCAGACUCUUACGCUGUUGGCAACUUGUUAGAGGAUUCACUGGUCAUUCAAGGAAGGGGAGAUAUGUUUGAAGUGAAUUGUCCGUUAAGAUUUAAAUUGAAAUGUUGACAGCUAUUGUUUUUAUUCUUUUUAAUUUUAAUCUACAGUCUACUGCAUUAUCUUUUUAAAAUAUUUAAAAAACUGGUAAUAAUUUAACUAUUUAUAGUCGUCAUUUAAACAAUGGCAACUUAAACAGUUUUUCUAAUGUUUUACAAUUUCUGUUUCUCAACUGUAGCGGUGGGGGCAUUAAGUUUCACCCUUGUCCGUCUGUACGUACGUCCCAGAAUUGGUUUCCGUUCUAGAGUUAUGCCCCUUUAUAAAUGAAAAAAUUGCAAAAUCUUUAGUUUCCGUUCUCUUACUUAAGUGUGCCUCAAACAAAUGUUAUGAAACUUAUACACAAGGCUUAUUAACACAAAACACAGAUCAAGUUUGAAUUUUGGUGGCGUCACUUUAACCGUUCUAGAGUUAUGCCCCUUUAUAAAUGGAAAAAUUGCAAUUUUUUUUGUUUCCGUCCUCUAACUUAAGUUUGCCUCAACCAAAUGUUAUGAAACUUAUAUACAAUGCUUAUUAUCACAAAACACAGAUCAAGUUUGAAUUUUGGUGGCGUCACUUUAACCGUUCUAGAGUUAUGCCCCUUUAUAAAUGGAAAAAUUGCAAAAUUUUUAGUUUCUGUUCUUCUAAAUAUCAAGUUAUUUUUAAAAUUGGAGUUAUCUUCCUUUGUCCAUGAUUAUAGUUGAAUCAACUACAAUCAAUGCUUUAUACAAUGCAAUGUUUAAUUUUGACUUCCACUGAUAAAACACAGAUCAAGUUGAAUUUGGGUAGUGUCACUUUAACCAUUAUUGAGUUAUGCCCUUUAUAAAUAGAAAAAAUGCUGAAUUUUUAGUUUCUGUUCUCUACUUAAGUUAGCCUCAACCAAAUGUUAUGAGACUUGCACACAAAACUCAGAUCAAUUUUAAAUUUGGGUAGCGUCACUUUUACUGUUCUUCAGUUAUGUCCCGUUAUAACUAUAUGAUAUGCAAGCUGGGGCAUCAUCUGUGUCCACAUGUGGACACUAUCCACAUUUAUUUAAACAUAAAACUAAAGAGAGAAUACCAAUAGGUCACAUACAUUUAUAGAUGACCCUUGACUUUGACCCUCUACUAUCAGGUAGAACACUUCUGCUCAGUUAUGGGUUAUUGGUGGAUUUUAAGGGGUUCUUAUCCAUUUUUGAAAGUGGAAAUGAGGAGACCCAAUUCAAUACCUUCAAAUCUGUACACGUUCUGGAAUUCUAGCUCUCAAGAUAAAAUGUUGUGGUAUUCAAGAAAUGCAGUUCUUUGAAUCAAAUUCUAAGAUUGCGAUUUCCAAUUGCAAUUUCUAGAGGUCGAAAUCAUCAUAAGUACAAAUUUUAACGUUAACGGUAUCAUAUUAUUUUUACAAAUUGUGACUUGGAUGGAGAGUUGUCUCAUUGGCACUCAUACCACAUCUUCUUAUAUCUAUAUACCAGAAUAUCCAAUAAAGAAUUAAAGGCUGAAAUUUCGAUAUACUUUUUAUAGUAGUCUCUUCAAGAAACCAGGAGCUCGUGAAUUGUGAAUUAAGUCUGAGGUAGGGAUUUGUAAAAUUUAUGAUUUUAAAAAUACAAGUAGAUAUUCAAUUUACCGAGCUCUUGAAUUUGUCUUCAGUUAUUUUUGUCUAUAUAGAUCCGUUAUAUAAAAUUUUCAAAUUUUUAACCGGAUUUUCGAGGCAAAAAACGUUUAUUGAUUUGGGGAUGUACGGCGGGCAGGCGGCUGCCAAAAUAGUGUCCGUUCAUUAACAUGAAAACGCUUUGACGAAAUUUUUUUCAAGUUCAAUUUUCACGAUUUUAGCUUUUCUCGUUGUUGAGUUGUAGACCUUUCAGUAGCCAAAAGUGAUAUUUAUUAUAUGAUUGAGUUAUUUCCCUUUGAACAGAAAUUGUGUAAUUAAUAAGUUUAUGUAUAGAUAUUCUAUCAAUGAUUGUAUCUGUUUAAUUGAUUUUAGUCAGGAGCUGUCAAUCAUUUCUUUAUAAUUAUUUUUUUUAAGUCAUAUGUGUUUUGAAGGUAGAUGUCACAGUUGUUAUGUUGUAUUUUAUUUUUGUUGUGUGUCUUAAGGUUUAAUUUUUACUUGAUCCUGUUUGGGGGUACAGAUUUGCAAAUAUCAUUUUCAUUAGAUAAUAAUGUAUUAUUAUUAAAGGAUAAUUACAUAAUAGUUAUUGAAAAACCAGUCAUUAUCGUGAUAUAUGGACUGCCCAAAGGACAGUGGUAUUGACUAAGACAGCAAUAAUGACUGAGGAUAAUGACUGAGGCGUAGGCGAGGUCAUUAUCGCUGUCGCAGUCAUAACCACUGUCCUACAAGCAGCCCAUGUAUCACAAUAAUGGCCAGUUCUUCAAUAACUAAUAUGUUUAUUUCAUUGAGGAACCAUGUUUUUAAAAAUGCUCAUAAAUUCAAAUUGUUCAAAACAAACUCGAGUUAUUGUACGAUUUCUAUAAGAAAGAGUGAAGACCAGUCAUAGCGAUAACUAUAAGCACUACCAUUCAUUAUUCAUUUAAAUAAAAUUUUUCGGUAUAUGAAAACAAAAUAAAGUUUUCUAUAAUUUUAUAAUUUUAAAACAAAAACAUAUGGUAUACAAUUCAACAACUUCAAUAUAAAAUUAAAAUCAGGAAAAUGUUUUAUUAAAGGGACAUCUCUCUAAACAGAGAAACCACGCCCCACCGGUCAUUAACAUGUAAAAGUCUGUUAACGACCGUUUUUCCGGUCCGUUUUUUUUCUGUUAAAGACCUUAAAGACCGAUAGAAAUUAUUACUGAAGAAUAAAGAAUGUCAUGUGGCCCCUUGUUAUCCAAUAAGAAGCUAAUUCUUAACCUUUAUGAAAUAAAUUUCAUUACAUUACAUUGUGUAGAUAAAGUUGUUGACAUUGAUAGAUAAGUUGCAGAUCUAUAUUAGUUUGUGACAAAUGAAAGAAAAAAUAUUGGGAACUAUUAAUUAUAUAUAAAAAGUUUGAUUACACUAAGUGUUUUUAAAUAAUUUUCACCUGUUAUCAGAUAAGAAAGCAUGUGGUAAAUAUUAAUCACACAAUUAUAAUUGAAGUGACAGAUUUAUUUGAAAAUUUUCUGUUUCCUAAGUGUUGAUGAUGAUAAGCUCUGUAGUACUGUUUAAAUAUAGUUUGAAAUUUACUGUUCAUUAUUAGACAUUUUGAAGAUAAUUACAGAUAAGUUUUAGAUUUUUUAAAGACAUUGUAUUAAUGAUAAAUGACAUUUUGGAUUUUUUUCUUUUCUUUGUUAAAUUGUUUGAAGAAUUUUGUGGUAGGUUUGUUUGUUAUUCUGUAUAAACUAAUUUUCUGAAUGCUAUAUAUAUAUUUACUUUUGAUGAAGCGAACUCCUUUAAAAAACUAAGCUUAUAUUGUCUAUUAAUAAACAUAUAUUUAGAUUUCUGAUUUUUGGCCCAGUUUUCAAGUUGGUCCAAAUCGGAGUCCAAAAUUAAACUGAAAUCAACAUAAAUUGAAUUUAUAUAGGGUUCUUUGAAUUGCUGAAUCUAAACCUGUAUUUAUUUGCAUUAUUAAUUAGAUAAUACCACAUUGAGGUCCAAAGGGUCCUUGAUUAAACUUUUGUUUGAUUUCAUCAAAAAUUGAAUUCUUGAGGUUCUUUGAUAUGCUGAUUCUAACAAUGUACUUAGAUUUUGGAUAUUUGACCAUAAUAGGUAAAUGUCCGAUUUCAAAUUUUCCAGUUCUUUGACCACAUUCAUUUUGUGUCACAUACCAAUGCUGUGUCAAAUAUUCAAUCACAAUCCAAAUUCAGAGCUGUUUUUAUAAGCUUAAAUGUUGUGUCCAUACUUGCUCAACUGUUCAGGGUUCGACCUCUGCCGGAUUUUCCGGUUUCCUGUCACUCUGACAGCCUCUUGUUAAUUACUAAUCCAAUAUAUAUUUCUUUCAGCUAGUCUUAAAUAAUCUAUGAUAAAAGACGGGUCCAUUAUGUGCUAAUUGUAAGAUAAUAUAUUGAAGAAAAAGUCAAAUGAAUAAAUACAGCAGUACCAUUUUAGUGUAAAAAUUAUUUAAUGCACAAACAAAAUAAAUUUGAAAUGGGUAUAUUUUCUGUUGUCAGUUUUUACUUUUUAAAAGUGCAUAUUUUCUGGUUAGUUUUUUAAAAGUGCAUAUUUUCUGUGUGCCAACACAUUUUAGUGUAAAUUUAUCAGGAAACAUUGUAUCAUAAUCAUGAAGUUUAGUAUUGUUUUCAGUUGUGUUUUUGUUUUUAAUAAAAUAAUUUCUGCAGCCAUUUACCAGUGAA